CACAGUAACAGUCCCACACUCGUCGACCCAGUUGCAUGCAAGCUCCUUCAAUUGCUGCCCACUACAAUUUCUCGGCUCUCAAGCAUAUGAGCUUCAGGAUUCGAGGACUCACAGUGAUAUCAGAUCAGAUAGAGAUUAACACUGAUAGAUUUGUUGGUACAUGCUGAUGUUAUACAUAUUAGUUGGUGGCAAACUAAAACUCGUUCAACUUGUGAAAGAUCGAGAGAUCAAGAGAUCGAGAGAGGCUACUGGAUAAAAAGUUACUGGGAAUAAAUAGAGGGACUACCUUACUUUGAUUGCUGCACCAACGGCAGUCCAGUAUUAAGUAUGAGUAUAAGUAUAAGUAGUAUAGUGGAUAGUGGAUAGCGCCCGUACUUACUCCAAAAGAAUUUACUUAGAAGGAGAACUCGAGUGAUAAAGAGCGUGAGCCAGAUAAAUAAGAAACGCGAAGAGGGAGGAGAAAAGAGAGAAAGAGAUUGAGAGACGGAAAAGUUAAUACGUGACGGGCUUGCCGGCGAACGGACGAAGAGGAAGGAUGUGCGCGCGCAGAGCCUCGACCGGCGCCCACUAGGAGUCACUGUCUCUGUGACCGAGCUCUGUAGUCUGUAGCGGUACGAUAGCAGCUUGCUCAGUGCUCAGUCUAAUUUGAACCGCCGCGGAAGUUGUUCGACGCUCGAGCACCUCUCUCCGACGUCUCUCAGCACGCCACUUAUUAUCGUGCCAGAUUCUCACCCUUUUAGCGGCUUAACCGAGUGUGUAUGCGCCAGGAGGGCUAAACACAUUGGAGGCCCGGAGACCGAGAGCCAGAAGGAGGAGAACUAAGAGAGACGAUAACGCAAAGCCCCUAAAAAUAAAUCCCAAAGUGUUUAUUCAGCGCUAAAAAAAUAUCUCGUGCGCUAUUUAAAAUAAAAAUAAAAAAGGCAUCAUUUUUUGCCAUCGAACAUUUACACUCACACUUUACAGAAUGUGUAUUCUCUUUAUACACACGUAUACACUGAAAAACAGAGUACUGUAAAUUGGAGCAGUAAAUGAAAGCUGGUGACUCGUGACGAGCUAACACACGAGUUUUGCACACGGUUAACGCGCGUGUUGACGAUAAGAAAUGUGGCGAAGGAGCUCGCCACGUGGGCGCCUGUGUUUAUAAAUCAACGAGUGUGUGUAUAAUAUAUAUCUACCAAUGAGAAAUCUACAAUGAUGAAACUUUAUUACACCUGUUUUCAGCAACAGCAACAGCAAGAGCAACAGCAAGAGCAACAGCAACACCCGCACCAGCUCCAGCUUAUAAACAAACUUGAGCAGCAGCAACAGCAACAGAACCACCACCACCACCACUACCACCACCACUUAUACUAUCAUUAUCAUCAGCAGCAGCAAAAAUAUCAUCAACUCGAAUUUGACCACUGUCACCGCAACUAUCAUAAUAACUCACAGAAAUUGGAAUUCACGAGGAAUAUUAAGAAAAUUUUUAUCAACUUUAACGAGGAAAAAAACAGUGUCAGUAAAAAAUAAAAAAGUACGAUGGAACUUGGGAUCAAUGUCUCGGUGUCAGGCAGUGUGGUUGCUCAUCGGCUCGUUGACAACAACGUUAUUGUACCGACAUUUAUUUGGAUUUGUUAAAUGAGCGGAUACAGAGUGACGGAACUUAAUGGCUCAUUAUUGUCGGGUGUCAGUGAGCGGAUCCAAGGAUGCUCGGAUCUGGGGCUCCCGAUUCCGAGCCAGCGAUUGCUGGUAGACCAUUGCUGGUAGUGUCACGGUGCGGUGCUGGUGAUUAUGAGAAGGACAAGGUCCCGUGGAGUCCAAGGCUCGGGGCCAAGACUACCAUCGUUAAUCGGUGAUGGGAAAGGGAUGGACUGAAUCCAUUGAAAUAACUGUUACUAGACUUGAACUAGUGUCGUUUUAUAUUGAUAUUUAUGGACGUAAAAAUAACGAAAUAGAUAUUGAUAUUUACGUGAGAGUGAAGACCCUUGAGAUCCUGAUCCUCGUCCUCGUGUCGACUUUAGCCUCGCCUAAGAGGAGAGAGACCUGGACGAGCGAAGGGGUUACUGUGGUAGCAGAUCGGAUAAUGCGGGCUUCCUUUAUUUUAUCGGGAAUCCUUACCGGCUGGUGGUGCAUCCUCACGCUCAUAGCGGCACCCCCAGCCAUCAGUUUACAACUUCGAACGGGACUAGACAACAAUUUUUAUCCAAGAACGAGCAAGUGGCUGUCGCUGAUCGGGACCGGGCUGAUAAAGAGCCCGCAACCAGAGGGCGAAUCCUUGUAUUCUGGAUUCGGGAGUUUCCCCUCGAGCCUCAGAGCCAGGUCCAGGGCCGGGAGGUCCAGCGCUGCCAGUGCCGGUCGCAAUAAAAAGGACUCUAGGCGGGAGCAGCGAAAACGGUGCCGUCGAAAAAACGGAGCCCCUUGUCACUCCCGCAACUGGUGUCCGGACAUUGACGUGGGGAACCGCGCAUACUUAGCGCCUACUGUCUUCGAGGGCAAGGUAAGAAGCAUGUCGUCCUCGAGGAGUCCCGGAUCGAAUUACGCGGUGACCUUUGAGGUCAAGCAGGUUUACAAGAGUCAGGCUGGGUUCCAGCCGCUUCGCAAGAAUGACAGUGUACGACUACAUUUUCGCGACAAGUCGGAUAAGAGAACAGGGGGAGGAGGAGGAGGAGCUGGAGCUGGAGGCACUAGAGGAACAGGGGGAGGAGAAUCAGGUGGCAAGUCCUCGUUGUGUCGUAACGAGGGCACAAACGAGCACCAGCAGCUACACGAACUGCGUCAGCGUGAUGACAAUGCUCGAGUGGUGCGCGCCGACAUUAAACGCGGUAAAGUGUAUCUAGUGUUUGUGAAUCGUGUGGGACCUAGAAACUUUACAAUCCUGGGUGAACCAGUGAUACGGAGCAAGAAAAACGAGCAGGCGGUACAGGCAGUCAUUCGACCCGAUUACGUACGAGAAGUUACGUUGACGGAGCUGAGGGACUCGGUGGCAAGAACGAGGGAGCGAGUUAAGCUUGUGUGCAGAACAAGAGGUUCACCACCACCUAGAGUCCACUGGCUCAAGGACGGUGCGCCGCUGUAUCCACGACGGGGCCUGAGAAUUCAGCACAAACGAAGACGAUCCAAAGUGGUAAUCGCGUCAGCGCGCCCCGAAGACAGCGGUAGGUACGAGUGCGUUGCCCAAAGUACCUCCGGCUAUCGAGCCUCACUUGCGGCCCAACUUCUAGUCGUUAAUGACAUCAAGGUUCCUGAAACCACAACAGUUGCGUGGCCUAGACAAGAGCAACCGUGUCCUAUAGCAGGUGAUUUUUGUAUGAACGGCGGUACCUGUCUCUUCUUCGAGACCGUCGGUGAGCCAGCAUGCAGAUGCGCGGAGGGCUUUACCGGUCUACGAUGCGAGACCAAGGACGUAAUCAGCACCGGAACAGAAACCAGCAAAGAUGGCAACGAGGGUAAUCGUCGUAUAAAGCAAUGAUUAUACAGGAGAACAUUAAUUUAAGUAUGCAAUACUUAGUUCAAAGAUUGCCACUGAGUAAAAAAAGGUCCCACGUCAAAGGGUUGAUGCUGAAAAAGUUGGCGAACAGCCGGGCGCCUCGACAACUAACCCAAGACUUGGCGACGAAUUUUCUCGCCCGCGCCAAGAUAAACCUAAUGGUUUAAAGUAAUUCGAGACUUCCGACAGUUAAUACGAGAGCUCCAUCCUCUUGGCCAUUAACACCGCUGCUUUUACGAUAAAUUACUCCAAUAGAUCUCUAUUAAUUUUCUAAUGCUAAUUUUUGAUAAUUAAAAA